CCCUCCGUCUCUCCGCUACGCGCGGUCGCCACUCUGCUGCUUCUGGAUAGUGUGCGCAAUGUAUCCACAAUCGGACUAAAAUCUACCUGUCUUACUUUAAUCAACCUUUUUGGAGCGCAUUUUCUCUUUUUGUGUGUGUGGGGGCGAGAAUAGACUCCACGCCGUCCGGAGAACUCUUGAGAUUCAAGAGGAAGCGUAGGAGGCGGGCGGUGAUAGAAGAGGCUCUGCUGGAGGAUGAGUCUGGUGGAGGUGAGGCAGUUGGCAGGCUCACUGACCCUGUCCCUGUCCAGCAAUGACUCCAAGGAACGCUAUUGCGAGACCGACCCGGACAACCUCCGCAGCCGAGCCAUGUCUCCAGACUUGAGGCAGGACUUCAACAUGAUGGAGCAGAAGAAGAGGGUCACCCACAUCCUGCAGAGUCCAGUGUUCAAAGAUGAGCUGGAAGGCCUGAUUCAGGACCAGAUGACCAAGGGCAACAACCCAACAGGUCUCCUGGCCCUGAGGCAGAUAGCCGACCUGGUCAUGGCCAGCACGGUGGGAGGGGCCGGGCCCUUGACGUCACCGAUCAGCUUGGGAAUGGUGUCCCCCAUCAAUGACUUGUACGCCGCCGAGUCGCCAUCCUUUGCCAAAGGCGAGAAACCGAGCCGCUGCAAGCUGGCCAGCCUCUAUAGGCUCGUUGACCUUUUCGGCUGGGCUCGUUUCACCAGUUCCUACAUCACCGUGCGUGUCAACAAGGAGCAGGACCAUGUCCUGAUCAGCCCAAGAGGUCUGUCUUUUGCCGAGGUCACCGCUGCCACUUUGGUGAAAGUGAACAUGAUCGGCGACGUAGUGGACCAAGGCACAACCGACUUGGGCAUCGACCACUUUGGAUUCGCCCCUCAUGCCGCCAUCUACGCCAUGCGGCCCGACUUGAAAUGCAUCGUCCACGUACACACGCCCGCUACGGCUGCCGUGUCCUCCAUGAAGUGCGGAAUCCUGCCAAUUUCCCAGGAGGCCUUGCUCCUCGGAGACGUGAGCUGCUUCGGUUACCAUGGCAGCCUGGAUAAUCAAGAAGAGAAGGUGGAGUUUCAGAAGGCUCUGGGACCCACUGCCAAGGUGAUGAUGCUAAGGAACCACGGGUUGCUUGCUUUGGGAGAAACCGUAGAUGAAGCCUUCCACUACAUGUACCACUCACAGCAAGCGUGUGAAAUUCAGGUGCAGGCGUUGGCGUGCUCGGGCGGCGUGGACAACCUGCUGCUCCUGGACAAAGAGAAAUUCAAACCUCUUACGCAGGGAGUGGCCUCUGCCGGGGUGCCCGUGAGCAACGACUUCAAGUGGAAAGUGGGAGAGGCCGAAUUCGAGUCCCUGAUGAGGAUGCUGGACAACCUCGGAUACAGAACAGGCCACUCGUACAGAAACCCCAUCGUCCGAGAAAAGCCCCGAUCCAAGAACGACGUGGAAAUCCCCGCCACGGUGUCCGCGAUCCCAUCGGACGACGACGGCGAGGCGGCGGGCCUGCGUAGCCCCUUCAAGUUUAUGGCGCAGAGGCAGCAGCGGGAGCGGACGCGCUGGCUGACAUCGCCCAACAGCUACUUGAGGGUGAACGUGCCCGAACGCUCGCCCAGCGGAGACGUCAGCCCCAGAACCAAAACGAUGUGGAUGAAGUCAUCCGAACCGGGCAAAAGCAUCGGCACCCCCAUUAAGAUUGAAGAUCCCAACCAAUUUGUGCCCCUCAACACUGAUCCCACAGAAGUGCUGCACAAGAGGAACCGGAUAAAAGAGCAGCACAGAGGCGACCAGAUGACGUCGGGUCCCAAGUCCCAUUUACUGGCGGGCAUCGUUGUGGACACUAUCCCAGGACCAGCUUUCAUCAUGGAGGAUGAGGAACACACUCGCUCGCUUCCGCCCAAUCCUUUCAACCAUCUGACAGAGGAGGUGCUCGAGGAGUAUAAGAGCCUGGUGGAGCGGAAGCGACUCGGCCAAGACGAAGACGAAGACGCAACGGAUGCGGACGAGAUGACCACGUUCGAUGGGUCCACAAUCUCACUCUCGCUCUCUCCCAUCAUGACACCAACCAAGCUAGACUCGAUACCCAACGGGAAAGACCACCUGUCCGAUCCGGAUGAGGACUUGAGCCUGGAGGUUUCCAAGUUGAGCGCGAGCGCUUCGGAAUCGCUGGACAUCUCCACGGGCGCUCAAAACGAGACCCCGGAGUGCCAGAGCAAGACGAAGAAGAAGAAGAACAAGUUCCGCACGCCUUCCUUCCUGAAGAAGAGCAAAAAGAAGGAGAAAUGUCAGGCGUCGACUUAACGCCAAAAACAAUAAUUUCGGAAUGCGAAUGAGGGGACGGAGACAAGCCAAGAUUUGAAUGCUUGUGCGUUUUUAUGAAUUGGCGUUGGAGAGACAAACUUGUGAAGUUCUGAGGAUUCUUCCCUUUUUGCACAAAUCCCUCGUAUGAAUGUAUGGAAACGGGCGCAGCCGCGGCGUAAUAAUUGCCGCUAAUAUACAGUCUGCGGCCUUCAAAACAAGUACGAUCUUAAAAGACGUAAGCGAUUAUAAUCUCGUGUUGCUCUGUCACGGGGUUGGGGGACCUUCGCUUGAUGGGACAAUCGUGCCUCCAAAAAAAAAAAAAAAAAAAGAUUGCCAGGGAAUUAUGGUAAAACACACAAAAAUCUAUUUGAUCGAUUGAGAGCUCAUUUUUUUAUUCAUAUCGUUUUACUCAGAAAAUGAAGAUAGUUGGUCUCGGAAUAUUUCGGUUUAGUACUAAAUUUCAUGAAUCUUAUACCAAUAAUAUGACAAUUUGAUUUUGGUGAAGUUACAAA